CUGAAUGCUUCUGAUGACCGAGGCAUUGAUAUUGUCAGAGGGCCUAUCCUGAACUUUGCCAGCACGAGGACCAUCUUCAAGAAAGGUUUUAAGCUGGUGAUUCUGGAUGAAGCUGAUGCCAUGACGCAGGACGCCCAGAAUGCGCUCAGGCGUGUGAUUGAAAAAUUCACCGAGAACACCCGAUUUUGCUUGAUCUGCAAUUAUCUCUCCAAAAUAAUCCCAGCUCUACAAUCCAGAUGCACCAGAUUCCGCUUUGGCCCUUUGACACCGGAACUCAUGGUUCCUCGGCUGAAGCAUGUUAUUGAGCAGGAGAACGUUGAUGUAAGCGAUGACGGAAUGAAGGCCUUGGUGACCCUGUCCAAUGGUGAUAUGCGCAGAUCUCUGAACAUCUUGCAGAGCACUUACAUGGCCUUUGGAAAAGUGACUGAAGAGAGUGUCUACACUUGCACUGGGCAGCCACUUAAGUCUGACAUUGCCAACAUCCUGGACUGGAUGCUGAAUCUAGACUUCACAACUGCCUAUCACAAUAUCCUGCAACUGAAAACGCUGAAGGGCUUGGCUCUACAAGACAUCCUAACAGAAAUUCACCUGUUCGUUCAUCGAGUUGAUUUUCCAACAUCUGUUCGGAUCCAACUGCUGAUCAAGAUGGCAGAUGUGGAACACCGCCUGGCUGUGGGGACAAAUGAGAAGAUCCAGCUAGGGUCUCUUGUGGCUGCCUUCCAGAUCACCAGAGAUCUGAUUGUAGCUGAAGCUUAACCAAGCUACUUUCCCCCCCUGUCCAACCUACAGCUUGGCUACUUACUGGUUUGUGCUUAGAACUCAUCUGAACCGAUUUCCCACCAAAGACUUAAAUUGUGAUUCUGGAUGUCCUCCAAAGUGGUGCCCUCAGUGCUUCCUUGAAUCCUACCGGAGAGCUCCCCUCUUGGUCAGCUUGUCUCAGCUUUCCAGGACUUUCUGAUUCUGCUUCACGGCACACGGAAGGUUCUUGUGUUGACACCAUCUUGGGCUCUUAAUUAUUUUCCUCUAAUUUUUGACAACCGUCUUUAUGUGCCAUGUUGGAAAAGAAGAGUUCUUUGAGGGCCUCUCGAACUAUGAGGGAGAAAUUCCUGCUCCUGUCCAAAACCAUUAUUAAUAAAGUUAAUUUAUAGCACCCUUCCAAGAUUAGAAAACAUGAUCGCAUGUAUAUAAUAAUGUUUGCUUCGUUAAAAGCUCAUUCUUUUAUUUCUACAUGAAUGAUAAAGAAGGUGGCAUUCUAGCUAUAAUACAUCAUGUUAUCUUUUAGAGCUAUGCUGGAUAAUGGCAAUUUGAGCAGAGAGUCAUGUGGAUGAAGCAGUUCUCACCUCUCCCUUAAAGAAAUAAAAGCCUUUUCAAUUAUA